AUGCCGAGUGCUGGAUGGACAGGGAGAGCAUUUUCCUACUGUGUGAUACUGCUCGCAUGGUCUGGUAGUGGACUUGGAGACCGAACGCAGGACUCUGUGCCCACUCAGAAUACACCAUCCGACCGCACUUCAGAAACGAUAUGUCCGGCGGAAAAUGUUUGGGAGGCGGAGGCGAAAGUCUUCCGGCAUCCUGUCUGCCUUGAGACGCGUUGGGGACUUGGACAGAGAUCCCACCUUGCCGCGGCAUCUGGUACUACCGCUGGAGAUAGCACGGUGGUGGAUUCGGCUACGACAGAGGUAACUGGUAGCGGAGUUGCAGAAUCGGAAUCGACGACACAACAAGAUCAGCAGGAUGCUGAUACGGAUUCAUUACUCGACAGCGCGAGCUUUCUUUCAUUCGAAGACUGGAAAAAGCAGAACCUGGCUAAGGCUGGACAGUCUGCUGAGAAUGUCGGAGGUAGCAGACGGGUCGUGGCAGCUGGGAAAGAAGGUCGACGACCACCGGGGAUCAACAAUGCGUUGGACGCACUAGGAGACGACUCAGAGAUUGAAUUGGACUUCGGCGGUUUUGGAGCUGAGACGCCCGAGGCUAGUCCCACGGCGUGGGGUACACCGAUUCCAUCGUCUCACACCGACCACCAUGAGGGAGAACAUAUAAAUGAUCUUGACACCCAACGGUUGCAGAAAGCAGAUGUCUUGCGUCGUAAGGAUGCCGGGACAACGUGUAAGGAGCGGUUCAACUAUGCCUCUUUUGAUUGUGCAGCUACGGUGCUCAAGACCAAUCCAGAGAGCAAGGGAUCGUCGGCUGUCCUGGUUGAGAACAAGGAUAGUUACAUGUUAAACGAAUGUCGUGCUCAGAACAAGUUCUUAAUCUUGGAAUUGUGCGACGAUAUCCUUGUGGAUACUGUUGUCCUGGGUAACUAUGAGUUCUUCAGCUCCAUCUUCCACACUUUCCGCGUUAGCGUGUCGGAUCGAUACCCGGCGAAGCCAGAUCAGUGGAAAGAGUUGGGUGUUUAUGAAGCGCGGAAUACCCGUGAGGUGCAGGCAUUUGCGGUUGAGAACUCCCUUAUCUGGGCUCGAUACCUUCGCAUCGAGUUCUUGACGCAUUAUGGCCAUGAGUUCUACUGUCCAGUUAGUCUUAUCCGAAUUCAUGGAACGACUAUGAUGGAGGAGUACAAGCAUGAUGAGAGCGUUGGUCACAUCGAGGCUGAAGAUGAGCAAGUUAUGGAACCGAUUAAGACCGUGGAAAGCCCUAGUAAUGCGCAGACUGAGCCAUCACCUCCAGUGGAGGAGAUUAUUCAAGAGGAACUGACUACCGACGAAAUCCCUGAAUAUUGUCCCGCUUCCCUUACAGGAGUGGAAUUGCUUCUCAUGGGGCUCGUUUCUCAGACCGAGGUUUGCGAUAUCAGUGAACGGCCACCAAUGGAGUUCAUUCCUAACAGAACUGCUACGACGGAUCCAAAGCCACCGCGUGGGGAUUCGACGGCCUCUACGGGAGAAGUUACUGUCCAACCUGGCUCAUUUCAACCCAAGGCAGAAGAUACUCGGAAAUCGGGUGAGUCUGUCAAGGCUAUGAUGACGCCUGAUGUCUCUGUGGUAGCGGAUCCAGCUGUACAGAACACAACUGUCGAGAGCACCGGGAAAUCGACGCCAAACCCCAAGGAGGAGAGCGUCCCGCCUCCCGAGUCUACGAGACCUACAUCCACGCAACCUCCCUCUUCUAACCCGACCACCCAAGAAUCCUUCUUCAAAUCCGUACACAAACGGCUCCAAAUGCUUGAGUCGAACUCUACCCUCUCCCUCCUCUAUAUCGAAGAACAGUCCCGGAUUCUUCGCGACGCUUUCAACAAAGUCGAGAAACGUCAACUCUCGAAGACUUCCAAUUUCCUCGAAAACCUCAAUGUGACCGUUCUCAAUGAGCUAAAAGAGUUCCGAGAACAAUAUGACCAUGUUUGGAAAUCUGUUGCCUUCGAAUUUGAGCACCAACGGUUGAAGUAUCAUCAGGAAGUGCACUCCCUCAGCUCCCAACUAGGUGUUCUGGCCGAUGAACUUGUCUUCCAGAAACGGGUCAGUGUGAUCCAGAGUAUCAUGGUCCUCUUCUGCUUCGCACUGGUCCUUUUCUCUCGGGGCUCAGUCAGCAACUACAUGGAGUUUCCUCGCGUUCAAAGAAUGGUCGCUCGCUCCUAUAGUCUACGGUCAUCAUCACCCUUAUCACCACUCUACGCCUCCCCUUCUGCCAGCCCCAGUUCCACUCGGCCCACCUCUUCCUAUCAUGAGAAUGUCGACCACCGACGAAAUCUAUCAGAUAGUUCCUCUUCACAGGAGAGUCCUGCCAGCCCAACAGCCCCCUACGUCCCACAGACUCCGAUUUCUCCUAUCUCCCACGAGAUAGAGGAUGAGAAGGUGGACACGCCGCAUUCUCCAGACUCGAUAUCCUUGCCUACUCUCGGGACCCCACACUUCCGGUCGCACAGCACUCCACCCGUGCUGAGUGUCCAUACUCCGGGCCUGGACCGCGACGGAGAUGAUUUUGCGUUGGCAUCUGAACUCUCUGAAGUAUCUGACGAGGCGUCUUUAGCCCCAUGA